AUGCCCCGCCGCAUCUUGUUCGCCGCCGGCCACGGCGGUGGGGGCCACAAAGCGUCGGCGCGCGCGGUGCUUGAUAGCCUACCUCGCUCGCUAAGCGACUCGGACGUGGUCGAGACCUUUGACAUUGGAUACACGGUGGAGGCAUGCGUGUGGGGGCUCAAGGAGCCGCGAGCGAGCGGCUUUGACGGUGACGAGGUGUACAACCUGCUACUGCGGCACGGGUGGAUGGUGACCGCCGGCUUCCUCGGCCUCUUCGUCCGUGUCUUCACCUACCUCUUCCGCUCGCGCAUCGUUGGUGGGCUCGUGCGCCUGUGGUCGGAAGCCCCCCCAGACCUCAUCGUCUCAUUCGUGCCAUUCUUCAACUCGCACAUGCGGGACGCGUUGGAGACAGUAAACCCGAACGCGACGCUCAUCACCGUCGUGACUGACUUUGCCAGCUCGGCGGAGCACCCGUGGGUGGACGAGCGGCGGCGCGGCGGCGCGCACGGUGAACUGGCGCAGCCCGAGGAGGAGGAGCGGGACGAGCCCGAGGAGGACGCGUGUGGUGCCCUGCUCGGCCGGCCGCAAGAGCCGCGCCGCGCGUUGGUGAGCUUUGGCGCGAUGCCUCCGAUGCGCGUCGAGGCGGUCGUCGAUGCGCUCAAACGGCGUUGGCCCGCGCUGGAGGUGCGGGACCACAUGCGCCGCACAGACAUGGUAAUUGGCAAGCCGGGCCCAGGCACCGUCUCGGAGGCGCUGGCAAGCGGCGCGGCCUUCGUGAGCGAGCGGCGUGGCGUGAUGGCGCAGGAGAAGAAAGUGCUCGAGUGGGUGGAGGAGGUGGGCGCUGGCGUCGUGGUCGACGACCUCUCCUCGCCGCCAGCCGACCUCUGCGAGGCAGUGCGUCGGUGCCAUCCCACGGUGCGAGCGCGCGCCGAGGCAAACCGAGCGGUGUUCGAGGUGCGCGAUCUGGUGAUGCGCUGCCUCGAGCUGGACGUUUCUCAAACGCUCCUCGGAGCCGCUUCGGAGGGGACCUGGUGA